AUGCCUCAGUACAAGCAGAUUAGGGCAUUUUUACAUGCGAAAAGCGAAGCUUUGUUGCGCGAUACGCACUUUACCGGCGUUACUUCUAAAAACGCGAACACUUCUAAAGAGGCAACGGGAACCAUACAGAAACCGAAGCGACAUAACGUCACUCAUACACUACUCUCUCCUACCGUGAACCCCCUUCCAAAGGGUGGUGACAAACAAGAGGUGAAACCGAAAGUUUCGGGAACUCCAAAAGUUUCGGGAACUCCGACAGUUUCGGGAACUCCGAAAGUUGUCCGAAAAUGUUCCUUCUGUGGUGAAGAGCACAACAUAUCAGCCUGCAAGGACUUUAUAGCUAAAUCGGUGGAUGAACGAAUGGCUAUUACCACGGAGAGGAAAUGGUGCUAUAACUGUCUUAACGCGUCUCAUUCAGUGCGACAAUGCACAUCGAUAUUUUCUUGUCAGAAAUGCAAGCGGAAGCACCACACUCUGUUACACCGAGAGCAAGCUGCCAGCAAUCCUGAACCUUCUGGUGAAAAAUCAAGCUCAGUCGUCUUACUGGCUAAAGAACCGUUGACUCCGUCCAAUUCACCUUCGAAUACGACCGUGCUACUGGCAACUGCGCUCGUCCAAAUUCGUGAUGCUUCAGGCGAGUUUCAGACAUUCCGGGCGUUAUUGGACGCCGGAAGUCAAAACAAUCUUCUCACUACACAAGCGGCUCAACGGCUCAAGUUGGAGCCUACACCGACUAGUGAAGGGCCAUGCGGCCUAGGAGGUGCACCCGCAACAGUGACUGGCAAGGUCACAUGCGAUAUAGGUGCCAAGGACACCGUACAUUUCCGCCUGGAAAUGUUCGUUUCACCACACAUUUGUGAUGAACAACCAAUCGGAAGACUCAAUACGAGUGGAUGGGAUGAACUCAAAACAUUACCGUUAGCUGAUCCUGGUUUUGAUAUUCCUGGUCCAAUUGAUGUCUUGCUCGCUGCCGAUGUCUUUGCUGAGUCACUUCUCGACCAACGUUUGAAACGCUGCGUCAAUAAACCGCGUGCUCUCAACUCUGUCUUCGGAUGGCUGAUUGUCGGUAGAAUCCGACUAGCAUCGUCGUCUUUAUUAAGUGUACCUUCACCUAAUAAAGAUGAAAGCUUAAACAAUAUCGUUCAACGCUUCUGGGAAAUCGAUACCGUUCCACAUUCUUCCCGAUUAACCCCAGAUGAACAGCUCUGUGAAAAUAGUUUCACAAACGAGCAUUACCGUGACGAGACUGGUAGGUACGUCGUCUGUCUCCCCUUCAAAGAUAACGCUGAGCCUGUGUUUGAAGGCUCUCGGGAGAUAGCGUUACGACGCUUCCAUGCUAUCGAAAAGCGCCUUUCUCGUGAUCCAGACUUGAAACAACAAUAUGUUGAUUUCAUGACCGACUACAUCGAAAGUGGUCACAUGACUUUGGUGCCUGCUAAGCACAUGGGUCAAGGCAAGUUUUAUGUGCCGCAUCACUGCAUUUUGCGCCCUGACAGCGCCACAACGAAGCUUCGCGUUGUCUUUGAUGCGUCAGCUAGAGAUGCGCAUUCCAAAUCGCUUAACGACUCGCUAUUAACAGGCCCAAAGUUACAAUCCAACAUUGCGGAGAUUCUUCUUCACUACCGGGAGCACGAAGUGGUCUUUAUGGCCGACGUGCGCCAAAUGUACCGUCAAAUUAACGUUGCUCCGCAUCACCGGGAUUACCAGCGUAUUCUCUGGCGAGCUCACCCAGAUGAGCCUCUUCAGGAAUACGUAUUGAACACCGUAACGUACGGGGUCUCCUCGGCUCCGUUUCUUGCUUGCCGAACGAUCCAGCAAUUGGCCAACGAUGAAGGUCAUAAGUACCCGAAGGCCAAAACCGUUCUAACUUCCGAUAUUUACGUCGAUGACGUCGUUACCGGAAGUUCUUCGCUGGAUGACGCUUGUGACAUCAAGUCACAGGUUAUCGCACUUUUCAAGCUCGGCGCUUUCGAGCUAAGAAAAUGGGUAAGCAACCGACCCGAACUUCUUAGGGAUUUGCCCUCAGAAAUGUGUCUUUCGGACGCCAUCGCAUUUACCGAGGCCGAAGACACCACCGUUAAGGUCCUUGGCCUUUAG